AUGUUUGCCGAGUUACGACGAAUGAACGCGAGGCAGGUUGCCUUGCAAGUGUUGAAUAUCCUUACCGUCAUCUCUACAGCUCUCAUGAUUUGGAAGGCUUUGGGUCUUACCCUCAACACAGAAAGUCCUAUCGUUGUCGUGCUAAGCGGGAGUAUGGAACCAGGAUUUCAUCGUGGAGACUUGCUUGUUCUAUCCAUGCCAUCUCAAGACCCAGUGGAUGUAAAUGAUAUCUGUGUCUUCAAGUUACCAGGACGAGAUGUACCCAUUGUGCAUCGUGUUAUCAAGCUUCAUGAUGAUGCUGUCACCAAGAAGCAGUACUUGCUCACCAAAGGCGAUAAUAACGCACGCGAUGAUCGUGGUCUUUAUGAUCCUCGUCAAAUGUGGAUUCAUCGUGAACAUGUUGUUGGAAAAGUGAAAGGCUUUGUCCCUUAUGUGGGCAUGUUGACAAUUAUGAUGAAUGAUUAUCCAUGGCUCAAAUUUGCUUUACUGGGUGUUGUUGGUUUAUUUGUUCUUGUACAUAGAGAAUAA